AUGGAUACGCUACUCAAACCAGCACGACUCGACUUAGAUCCAAAUUCGCCCACAGCAACGAAAGAAUGGAGGCAUUGGCACCGUACCUUUACUAAUUUUAUUGAUGAAUGUGGCGAAAAGGCUCCUGAUGAAUAUAGAACUCUUGUAAAUUAUGUGUCUCAUAACGUUUAUGAAUAUAUCGAAGACUGCAAGGACUAUAAAUCGGCCAUUCGCGUACUAGAACAACCAUUUGUCAAGACACCAAAUGAAAUAUUUGCUAGACAUUUGCUGGCAACAAGACGGCAGAAAUCCGGCGAGACUCUUACUGAAUUUCUCCAAGAACUUCGAAAACUCAGCAAAGAUUGUAACCUUAAGAACGUAACUGCUGAACAGUAUCGUGAGGAAUUGGUUCGUGAUUCCUUUAUUAAUGGCCUCUUAUCACCUUUGAUUCGCCAACGGCUCCUAGAAAAUAAACAGCUCGACCUUCAAACUGCUUUUGACCAAGCAAAUGCCUUAGACUUGGCUCAAAAGAAUUCUGAAGCAUAUAGGAUGCCUGAAAUACCUACAACUGCAGCAGUCUCCUCCCCUCCGACAGAUGAGGUUGCUGGAGCUCAUGCCUUAGAUUAUGAUUCUCUAGCAGCUACAUUCACAUCAAAGAAAUGCUACUUUUGUGGUGAUAAUCUCCACAACAGAAGAAGUUGUCCUGCCCGGAAUUCUAAUUGUAACAACUAUGGAAAGAAAGGACAUUAUGCCAAAGCUUGCAAGUCAAAGGCGCCUUCAAUCACCACUGCUUCUAUGUUCACGCCUACUCUUUGUUCAAUUGUUGCAAGUUGUCCAGAAAGUCUAAAACAAGCAUCUGUAAAAGUCUCUAUUGGCGGUAUUGAACUGACCGCACUCAUUGACUCUGGGAGUUCGGAACGUUUUAUAAGUGAAACUAUGGCAAGGAAACUGUCUCUCAAGCUUCAUCCAUCAACACAGAAGAUAUCUAUGGUCUUAACAUCUUUUAAGACUCAGAUCCUUGGUCACUGUUUUACGGAUAUUGUAAUUAAUCAACUUUCCGACUCAUCCAUUCGUUUGGGAGUCUUGAAAAAUCUCUGUAGUGACAUUCUCCUUGGGGACUUCCAGAAGAAGCACAAGCGGGUCACCAUAGAGUUUGGCGGUACUAGACCAGAACUAGUAAUUCCUAGGCCUGCCUGUCCUCUUUCUUCGACAGCCUCCAUCGAGGAGCCUUCAUUGUUUGGAAACCUUCUCCCUGAAUGUAAGCCUAUCGCCAGUAGAUCUAGGCGCUUUAGCAAAGAAGACCAGGAGUUUAUCAAUCAGGAAGUUACAAAACUCCUGUCUGAAGGAAUUAUUGAGCCUACCAUAACACCAUGGAGAGCACAAAUUGUUGUUUCUAAAGAUCCCUCAAACCGGCACAAGAAGAGGCUCUGUAUUGAUUACUCUCAAACCAUCAAUCAAUAUACAGAGCUUGAUGC